AUGGAGACCGGCGCCCCGCCUGACCUCCGCGACGUCGAGCAGAAGCUGGGGCGCAAAGUGCCCGAGAGCCUGGCGCGGCCCCUGCGCGGGGAGGAGCUCCCGGCCCGCCCCGCCGCCGCGGCCCCCGGGCCCCGCCGCCGCCGCGCUGCCGCCCUGGCCCGUCUGGAGGCGAAACUUCAGCUCCUGAGGCAGGAGAUGGUUAAUCUCCGAGCCACUGAUGUGAAGCUUAUGCGCCAGCUCCUACUCAUCAAUGAAAGUAUUGAAUCAAUAAAGUGGAUGAUUGAAGAGAAAGCCAUAGCCAGCAGAGGCAGCAGUUUGAGUGGAAGCCUGUGCAGCUUGCUAGAAAGUCAGGAGACAUCGCUCCAUGGCAGCUGUAACAGUUUGCAAGACUGUAGUGAUGGACUGGAUGGAAUAUCAGUGGGGAGUUACUUGGACACCUUAGUGGAUGAUGUUCCUGGUCACCAGACCCCUUCAGAUCUGGACAAAUUCAGUGAUUCUUCUGUCACGGAGGACUCACAGUCUCUGCAUAAGCAUCCAAAAAUUGAUUCUGAUGAGUACUACUGUUUUGCUUAAUAAGAACAAGUUCCAGUGGGACACAAAUGCACUUGUACUUACCCUUUUUCUUUGCUGCUAUUUUAUUUCAUGUGCAAAACCCCCAAAGUCCUCUUGGAAGGAGAAUAUAGUAUGAUACUUCAAUUCUAUUGCUUAACUUUUCUAUU